CAGAAUCGUCAUUAGUCUCGAAUAUCUCAUAGCUUGAACAUAUAUUUACAAGUUUUACUUCUUUUUUUUCAAAUUUAUAAACUACAAAUUUAUAUUCGGGAUAUUUUAGUAAAAAGAGUCAAUAAAAUCGAAACAAAAGUAUCAUAAUGGAUGCCGUUCGUACUCGAUCUCAAAUAAAGCUAAAGAGCGCUUUGGGAGGCUCCCAACAAUUGAGAAGUGAAAAGAUUGAUCAAAAGUUUACCGAAGAUGAGAAGAAAACCAUUGGCGAACUGAAGCAAUUGUAUUUGGAGACCAUCAAGUUGGAUGUGGAUCUACAGCGCGAUAUUUAUAAUAUGGAAAAGUCCUACGAGUCGCGCCACAAUGAGAUCUAUGAUAAGCGCAAGAAGAUUUUGGAUGAAUUCCGCAAACAGAACCAUGGCGAUUCCACGGCUAAUGAGAACGUUCCCAAUUUCUGGGUCAAGGUUCUUAAAUUGUCCUACACAGAAUUUAUUAGCAAGAAAGACGAGGCCAUUCUAUCGUACUUGUCGGACAUACGCUCUAAACUUUACAAUGAUCCAGUGGUGAAAUUCUCUAUUGAAUUCCAUUUCGAUAAGAAUGAAUAUUUCUCAAAUUCGAUUUUGACCAAAACAUAUUAUUUGAACUGUUUGCCGGAUCCAGAGGAUCCAUUAUCCUAUGACGGCGCAGAGAUAUACAAAUGUGAGGGAUGCACCAUUGAUUGGACUAAUCCCAAAGAGGGUGACAAGAUUGAACAAUCUUCGUUCUUUGAUUUCUUUUCGCCACCCAUUCUACCUGAAAGUACUGAGGAUCCACACUAUUGCGAUAUUAAUGCCAUAUUGCAAAAUGAUUUCGAGUUGGGCUUCUAUCUGAAGGAGCGUGUCGUGCCGAAGGCUGUGAUAUUUUUCACUGGAGAAAUUGCCGAUUGUCAGAGUUCCGAUGACUCUGAAUCGGAAACCGAAGAGAGUGAUGAAGAUUCCGAAGUAGAGGAGGAAGAGGAGUCCUCAAAUGGCACUGACAAAUAAUUCACACUUUACAAUUUACAAUUCACAAUUCACAAAGACAUAUACAUAGACAUUCUUUUUUUUCUGAGUUAUCGUUUUUGUUCAUUCAAGCGCAUCUCAACAAUUGUUUUGUCCUUUCAAAAAUAACACUGAAUUAGCUACCAAAUAAACUAUAUAUUAUUGCCAGCAA